CGCCCGCCCGGGCUAGCGCAGCAGCUCGGGGAGGGUCGGCAGCGAUGGCACCCCCGUGCCCGCGCCCCGCCCGCCCCUGAGGGUGGCUGCUGCCGCCGGGAUGUUCAGCUGGCAUCGGAGCUUCACCCUGGAAGCGCCCUGGAGAGCAGGUAAGAAGAGCCCACCGGCUGAGGACAAAGUCGUGUUAACACACAUGAAGAUACUGAGCAAUGAAGGAAUUCAAAACCCAGGGUUAAUCCCAGAGGCUCCAGCUGACACAGCCUGCACACAAGAGUCCCAACUUCCCGGUGCCAGUCUCCCACCAGGCUGCCUGGCAAGUCCAGAUGCAGCAGCCACAGCAGCAGGUCCAGACUAUGUGGAUGGCCCUGCAAGCACCGACUAUGUAGCCACCCUGCCUGACCUCAGUGCCUUCGAGUCCAAGUGCCGGCUUCACAGACUCUCCAAAUUUGAAUCUGAGGACUCGGGGGUUGAGUUGCCAAGCGGUGCUAAUUCUCCAUCAACGCCGACGGGCUCAGAGAAGAGCUUUGUGCUUCACAGCAGAGACUCAUUUUGUGACUCGGGUGUGCUUAGCACCUCUUCUUCUCCAGAAAUUGACCAUCAGUUAAUGAGAACGUGUAAAGAACGUGCCAGAAAAGUUAGCGUCCAAGAUCCAGAGAGCAAAAAGCAAACUGAUUACUACAGCCAGGAGGCAGAUGCUGUGCAGGAUCCUACAGCUUCCCUUGAAGAUUUCGAUGUCCCCCAGGAAGAAAGUCCUGAUGAACAUUUUGACCAGGGUGACAAGCAGUCUCCAGAAAAGGAACCUACCCCAGAGAUGGACCUUUCCAGGGAAAGCACUCUUUCUACCGCAGGUCCCAUAGAAGAGCCAAAUUCAGUUGCUGACAAUUUCCCAGAGAAUUUUGGCAGCGUGCAAGACCUUCAGAUCCAUGAACAUCAGCUGAAGAAGUAUCCCACAAGUGACAGCCUGGAUGAAUACAUGGAUGAAUGCUGUAGGCUGAGUGAGGUGAACCAAAGUAACAGCAAAGCCCUGGGAUCUGGUCUGGGAUACCUAGAACACAUCUGCCAACUGAUUGAGAAGAUUGGGCAGCUUCAGGAGCACAACCUGCGUCUCCAAAAACAAGUGUGCAGCUUGCAGAAGGAGCAGAAGAUGAGUCAGAUAAAAGAGGAAUAUCUUCUACAGCAUUGCUCCUGUGGAGCUGCCAGUAUCUUCCUUAACUCAUAUCAAGACAUGAAAACAAAUUUUGCUGGGAGGAGCAGACCUCACAGCCUCUUGGUUCAGACUGGAAACCCUUCUGAUCUUUCCAUCAUCCCAGAAAUAGGAGCAAACACUGAGAAGCUGAGCAGCUGCAAUGGAAGUGAGAGAUACCUGGAAUCAGGAAAGAGCCAGCCAAUGGUGGGGCUCAGGAAGUCAUCAAACAAUAGGAACAACAAGGAGAAUGAGUUCAGAGAAGUUGGGACUGUGGCUGAGGGACAGGCUUUUCUGUCAAAGGAUUCUGCAGUAAGAAAGGCUCUGGACAUCAGCAAGAACACCUCGGGUGAGAGCCAUGCUUGGAGGAGAAUGAGAGAUCUUAUGAGGAAGACACGAUUGACAAACCAGAGCAAGCUGGGGCUGUCCUCUGCUGCUCUGAAGAGGUCCUGCCCACAGUUGUAUAGGCCAGAUAUUAUGUCUUCAGAGCUGAGGAAAACUGAGAGGAACUCCAUGAUUGUUCUGGGACAAAAUACAAAGAACGAAAACGUAUGGCCUUUCUGAUAAUCUGAGUCAAAUGGAGCAAGCUGAAAAAGUCAAGGCAAGAAUACCAAAGGAUACAAAAUCAAGAAUCCCAGGGUUACUCUGCGCAAUCUACAUUCUACAAUUGUCAACAGAGCAAUUCUGAAUUGAGUGUUGGAAGGGAAAGAGGGAAGGGGGAUGUUGAGAAGGGUUUGUGGGCAGAUACAUGCUCAGCUAUGUAUGGCUUCGCUCCUAAAUCUGAAGUGUACUUUAAAAAGUCAAGCCACAGAUGAAAAUUGCUGUUAGCAUCUUGGCAACACAAGCAACAGGGACUUGUAACAUUUGGAAAUUCUUCCUCUUCUCUGGGCUGGGAACAGAAUUACCUGAAACACUGAAGCCUUGAAACUACCAUUACUUUCUGGAGACUUCUCCAACUGAAAUAAAUAUUAGCUUCAUGGCACAUAGCAUCAUCUAGAGGAGUGCCAGAGACUCAUUGCCCAGGGCAGAUGUGGCUCUUGAAAGGACAGCCUCCUCCCUCUGGGGAACCUGAGUUGCAGUCUCUGUCCCCAGCACAGUUCUUCCCUUCAGACCAGCCUAUGGCCAGGUGUGCCAUUUCACUGAAAUCCAACAGGAAAACAAAGUAUGUAAAACUAGGGUCAUUCCUGAAUCCACUAUUAGCGUCCCAUCCUGUGGGCCUGCUCCUUCUGCAGAGGCCCCUGGACUCUGGUGCUACCCUGCACAGAAGUUGGCAUUGUAGAUUCUCAUUGUAAACAAUCUUUUUAUUUUUCUAAUUUUUUUUUCCUUUUUUUUUUUCUUUUCUUGUUUUGAUGGGGGACAGGACACCAGGCUUGAAUUCCUGCUUUUAAGUUCCAUUGAAGUGCUCUGUCUGUGCAGGUGGGGGCCUGAGGCUGUAGGUGGGGCAGUACUUUACAGCUCCACCUUGCUCUCUCUAUUGGGAAGAGUUGAGGAGAGCGAGGCUGCAAGGGAAAGUAAUUCAAAGACAUCCUUUAUAAACAGGUGCUCUUUUGGGAUACACUAACAACUGCGUAACACUAUGACUGUGUGUAGUGGCUGCCUUAUUGCCACAUGUCCACUGCUUCCUGACUCAGGGAACAGGCAGUGCAUGCUUCUGAAAGUCCCGUGAUUGCAGAGGUCUCUGCACACUAGCUCCUAUUGGUACUGGCAAAAUAAUUAAUACACAUGGAGUAAAGAUUUAAGUGAACUAGCAUUGCUUCAUGAUAAAGGAUUGUUCUACCCCAUAAAUUAUAAUAUAAUUACAUGUCAAGUAAUUGCUGUUUAAAAAUCCCUCCCUAAUCCCAACUUGCCUGAGAACCAAGAUUUGACAAGCUGGCAGGAAUGAUAAGUUUCAGCAAGCUUAGUCUUUCAAUAACAGAUGCUUUUCCCUUGCUCAUCCACAUCAGCUGGAGCCAUUGGAGUCCUCCAAACCAGAGCAGGAUCUUUUCUGGAUUCAGAGCAUCUCAGCCAGGCCAUUCCCAGGCCAGUAGAGUUUGCAGGGAUGAGUGAGGGCAGGGUUCAAGUAUGCAGAAGGAUUGCUACUGUUGUUACUUAGCAUCUCAAAAAAAAACCCCACAAGCACAAUCACCAAACCCCACAACCCAAACCCCCAUAAAAAAGUGAAAAAAAGGCUGUGCUGACUGAAGGUUAGCACCCUAAAGUAGGUGCUGUGUUUAAUUUUUCAGUUGUAGCUGCUGGUGCAGGACUUGCUUAUUCACUCUAUAUCUUGCUAGCUUCAUCCAAAGCUAGAAAGAUUUAUGACUUGAUUAUUCUGUGAAUAUUCCAUAUAUCUCCAUAAAUACAGGGGGCAAAAAUCCUGCAUUCACUUACAUCCUCCAUUAUCCCUCCAGCUUUUUUACAGACUAUACAUAAUGUGAAUCAGUGCAAACUGAAUUUAAAGUGUUUUAAGACAUAGCAUCAUGAACAGGUAUUUUCUACAACCCUCUCUAUUCAUGGUAUAAGCUUGUUGAAUGUUUUGUGUUUGGGUUUUUUUUGUAUUUUUUUAACUAAAACUAGCACUCUUCUUUAUUAUAGCAUUAUAUUAAAUAUGUUCAUGUAUUUUUCAGAAAUAAAUGUAUUUAUAAUGUAUAAUAUACUGUAUAGUUCUGCACUCCAGGAUCCAUUGUAAUCCAAGCAUAAGAAAUUUAAUAAAAGCAUCACUAUUAUGAUAA